AUGUUUCAGCGUCGCACAGUAGUCGCUGCCAAGCGCUCCGUCGCUCAAUGGAGAAGUCUUGCAACUGCGUCUCCCGUGAGCUCCGCACGAAGCCACAAGAUUGUAGUGGUUGGCGGUGGUGCUGCUGGUCUUAGCAUCAGCCACCAGCUCUUGCACUCCGGCAAAUUUGCGCAAGAUGACAUUGCUGUGAUUGAUCCAGCUACCUGGCACAAUUACCAACCAGGCUGGACACUGGUUGGCGGUGGCCUCAAGGACAAAACGGAGCUGCGCAAGCCAUUGAACAGCUUGAUUGAUCCCAAGUUCAAGUUUUACAAUGAGAGUGUCGGCGCCUUUAACCCCGCUGAAAAUGCGCUCACCCUUGAAAAUGGCGACAAGAUCAACUACGAGCAUCUGGUUGUGGUGCCCGGUAUCAGCAUCAACUAUGGCAACAUCAAAGGCCUCCCUGAGGCUCUUGCAGACCGGAACUCAACAGUUUCAACGAUCUUUAGCUACGACACUUGUGACAAGGCUUUCCGCACCAUAGAAAGCUUCCGUGGAGGCAAUGCUAUUUUCACUCAGCCAGCCGGUGUGCUCAAGUGUGCGGGCGCCCCACAGAAGAUUAUGUGGCUUGCGUUGGACCACUGGAAACGAGCUGGCCUCUACAACCCUACCAACCCCUCGAACUCGCCUGUCAAGAUUAGCUUUGCGACCGGUCUUCCAGUGAUGUUCGGUGUGCCCAAAUACAGCGCCGUCCUCGAGCAGAUGCGCAAGGAUCGCGGUGUUGAGGGCUUGUUCCAGCACGAUCUCCUUGCCAUCGACGGCAAGUCUGCCAUUUUUGCCACUCCCGAGGGAGAGGUCGUCAGACCCUUUGACCUGCUGCACGUCACCCCCAAGAUGGGAGCUUAUGGUUUUGUCAAGAACAGCGCUCUGGCCAACGAGGCCGGAUUCGUCGAUGUGGACGAGAACACCACUCAACACAAGAAAUUCCCCAAUGUCUGGUCUGCUGGUGAUGCUUCCAGCUUGCCAACAUCUAAGACCGCUGCAGCGGUCACUUCCGAGGCCCCGGUUCUCGUUCGCAACCUUUUGCAGAGUAUGGAGGGCAAGGAACUAGAUGCUUCUUAUGACGGAUACACCUCGUGCCCGCUCCUGACCGAGUACGGCAAGGUCCUCCUUGCUGAGUUCAAGUACGGCGGAGUUCCCAAGGAGACAUUUGGAGACUGGCUUGGUAUUGACCAGGCUGUACCCCGUCGCUCAUUCUGGUACCUGAAGAAGGACUUCUUCCCUUGGGUAUACUUCAACCACAUGAUCAAGGGUAACUGGGGUGGACCCAAGGGCUGGCUGUAG